AUGUCGUCGCCGAGCGUUGAACGUGAACAUCAGCGCCAUGAAAUUAACAAGAGAAAAGCAAACGAGGUACCGCCCGACGCCGGCGGAAAGCGACGUGCCGCCAGAGCCUGCCUCUCUUGCCGCAGUCGGAAAGUCCGCUGCGAUGUGCUGAGGGAUGGGCCGCCUUGCACAAAUUGCCGCCUGGACAACGUGAUGUGUCUUCUCAGAGAGUCGACUCGCACCCGUGUUCGUCCAUCAAGCGAAACGGUUGAAACAACUACCAGAGUGAAUGGCACUGAUGCUGACGCUGAUGCUGACAUUGACGCGGAUGCCAACGCUGAUUUUCCGGUGGCACUUACCUUUGAAGGCUCACGAGGAGCGCAAACUGCGAUACAAGCCUCAUCCCCCACCGGGAACAGAGCCAACUCACGUAGAAGCUCGACGGCCAGUCCCGUGGCGACUUCCACGGGUCCUUCACCCCUUUCAGCAGAUCAGCAAGCUCAGGGACUGCCGUCGUAUAUCCGCCCGCUCUCCAGACUACUGAGUCCGGAAGGCCUUGAAUAUCUAACAAAGAAAGGGGCUCUGACACUACCGGACCGCCAGCUUCAACGUGAACUUCUUCGAAAAUACAUCCAAUAUAUCUAUCCCUUUAUGCCAGCUUUGGAACUGUCGUCCUUCAUUUCACCGAUUGUUCGCGGCGAUGGGAAUGGCUCGGUUAGCUUGUUUCUGUUCCAGGCAGUCAUGUUCGUCAGCGUCACGUUCGUUGACCUCGAGUAUCUUCAGGCCAGAGGAUACGAGAGCCGCAGAUCGGCGCGGAAGAUCUUUUUCGAGAGGGUACGGCUGCUCUACGAUUUUGAUUGCGAGACCGACCGAACCACCAUCCUCCAGGCUGUGUUACUGAUGACAUACUGGUAUGAGACACCAGAGGACGAGAAGGACACGUGGUAUUGGACCGGCAUCGCGCUGUCACAGGCCCAAGUCCUGAGCAUGCACCGAAACCCUGACUACCUGGACGUCGGCCCGGCAGUGAAACGCUUGCGGAAAAGAAUCUGGUGGUCCUGCUUUAUACGAGAUCGCCUUAUGGCCCUGGGAAUGCGUCGGCCAACACGAAUUCGAACGGGCGACUUUAAUGUCCCCAUGCUGACAUUGGACGAUUUUGAGACGGUGCCAUUCAAAGACGAUAUACUACGAUACCUUGGACGGCUGCCCAUGACGGAAGAUACUGUGGCCAAGAAAAGCAUUUCCAUGGCUUGUAUUGAGCUUACAAAACUCUGUAUUCAUAUUGGGAAUAUUCUCUUCACUCAGUAUUCGAUCCUCGGCAACCCAGCUGGUGCGUCGGAGGAGAACAUGACGAUGAUGGUGAUGCCUCGCAAGUCUGCCGAGCAAAUCAACGACAUGAUCAAAUGUGAUGUCAAUCUCCAGGACUGGCUGCAAAACCUCGAUCCCGCCUGUCGCUAUAAGAAAGGCUGUCCAUCAGUCGAAGAGGGAAAAGGAACCCUAUACGACGAAAGUCGGAGAGUUUUAAACUUCCAUCUGGCCAUGAUACACAUGGCUUACCUCACGGCGACGGCAAUCUUGCACCGACCGUGGGUACUGCGCUCGAAUGCGAGCGCCGGUGCCGACAAUCGAAUGAAUGUCCUGCUGUCGGGCAACAAGGUCACCGACGCCGCGAUCGGAAUCACCGAAAUAGUGUAUGAUCUCUGCUGCUCGGGACAGAUACGUUACGCCUCUACUACCACAAUUCCGGUGCUCGUGUCAGCCAUCCUCAUUCACCUAAUCGACAUUCGCUCUUGCCGAGAGGAAGCUCGGUAUACUUCGAUAGGGAGAUUCUACCAGUGCUGGCAAGCCCUCCAACAUCUUCGAGAGAUGUAUGCUUCAGCGGACCACGCUGUAUGUUUUCUGGAGACAGUCAUCCGGAAAGCCAACGUCCACAUCCCCAUGUUCAAGAUGGAUCCGUUGCCUGCGAGUCCGAGACUCCCACCCCCACAGCCCGGAGAAUCUCAUUUCCCGACAAGACUUACCAGCAAUUCCGUCGAUCCGCCUGGGAUUGAGCCAGUAGGUCAGCUCGUCACGACGGACAACCUACACUCAACCUUCCAGAACUUCAGAGGCACGCCCACCGAUACCACAAACACUGGCGUGAGUGGUUCUACUAUGCUUAGCAAUAGGCAGGGAUUUGGAACGACUUUGCCAUCACGUACGGAAGCUUCAUCAUUUCUAGAUUCGGACUUACAAAACACCAUCAACGUUGACCCACAAGGUAAUAUGUGGACUGAGUAUGACGCCGAGGCCGACCUGCUCCAAGCGCUGGUUCAAUUUGACGCCGACUCAACAAUAUUUACCUCUGGAACAGGAGUAUGA